AUGACUCAUCACGACGAGUCGCUGCAUCCUGAGAUGCAGGAUAAUCUUACUUUGGGGGAGGGACCCAUAGAGGUGGACGUGGCUCCCGUAGGACAACUUCCUGGCCUGGCCGCAGAUGGGGGAGCUCUCAGCGGCGUUACUAUAAGCGAAGUAGACGAAGCGGAGAUGGCGCGAAUUACAGCAGCCAUUGGCCAGCCGGAAAUUCUGGACGACUUAGUGCCCCCAGCGACGCUGGGCACAGUUACAGUGCAACAGGUGCCUGCGUCGAGGGCAGCUGCAGCCGCUGCAGCGCAGCAGCAGGUUGCUGCAUUGCAGCAGCAGCAACUGCAGCAGCAGCAAGCAGCUGCGGCUGCAGCUCAGCAGCUGAGACAGCAGCAGCAUCAGCAGCAUCAAGGAGGUGCUGCAUCCACGGCGGCUUCAGGGACGGCCCCCCGUGCUGCCCCAGCGGGUUUGAACGAUCGCUGGCGUCUAUAUUUACCGCACGUUGAGAAGCUACUCGACGCGGAGGGGAUUUUAUUGUUGCGCCAGACCUGCCGUCUGCUUUGCAAGCACAAGUAUCGGCCGGCUGAUGGCGUGCUGUCCUUUGGCAUGUUCCGUGGGGUUGACGCCCGUGUGUUAAUGGAGCAGGUGGUUCCGCUGGCGUGCAAGGCGGUGCAUCCGGAAGUGCGGGCCGCGGGUCUUUCUCUGGAUUUUAGUGGUUGUUCUUUGCUUAAAGAUGCAUCAGUAGCACGUUUGAUGGACGUGCUGCACGGGAGGAAGGAAGACAAUAUAAUCGGAGGAGUACUGAAGAGUCUUUGCCUCGACUUUUGCUAUGAGGUGACCAACAAGGGGCUUGCAGCGCUGCUUACGACAUAUCUCCCCUAUUUGGAGCGACUCUCUCUCCGCUGUGCAAGGAGCAACGAGCUGACCUUUACAAACGUGGCGACGGACUUUUCGUCAGACAACUGGCCGAAUCUGCUGCAUUUCGAUGCAUCUUUCACGAAUAUGAGACUGGACGCAGCAACAGCCUUAGCGGAUCGUCUUGUUGCGAAUGCAACGGCAGUUAACAAGCGGCACAGGAGGGAUUACGAAAAGAAGUUGCAGGAGGAGAAGCAGCUGCGGCGGCUUUUGCAGCAGCAGGAGAAGGAGCACAUUCAGCACAUGGAACAGGCAAAGGCAUUAACUGAGCAGCACGCUGCAGUGGCAGAGAGGCUGCAACAGCAACAGGCAUUGUUAGAGGAGAAGGAGAGGGCACUUGGUAAUCAGAUACAGCUGGAACCCAUUCAGGUCGACGGAGAGCCGGUGGAGCUUCAGCCAGAUGAUCCUGAUCGCUGUGCAGUUCGGGCUCAGAGAGAGCUCGUGUUGCGCCUCCAGCAACAGCUAGAGUCACUCGCUGCUGCAGUGACUGCAGGAGAAGGAGCUGCUAUCGCGUGUCAAACUGCCAUUGAGCACACUACGGCAGCAGCAGAUGCGGCGGGCGCUGCUGCGGCUGAAAGCCUUGCCGCUGCGGAGGAGGAGGAGAAGCAUCCCGUCGUACCAUCUCUUGAAAUUGUGGGGUCUCUUGCAUCUAAAUGCCUUCUUUCAAAGGUUGGGAUGGAGACGCACUACCGCUCGUUUUGUCACGCUGUCAAGCUCGGUCUUCAUGACCAGAUCUCGUCGUUGACAAAGGUGGUACAGAAAGAGUUUACAGAACUUUGUGCGUCAGCUCCCUACCGUGGCAGUUUUCUACUGACGCUACAGGCCAAGCGUGGCAGCGAGCUGCUGGUCAAUGCGCCGUUUGUUGUUGACACCUCCGAGGAUGGGGGCGUCAAUGUCCUCACGCUGCCCGUUUCGAUUGCUAUACAAACUCAAGACCAGGAGACUUUGAAAGUACUGAUCAAGCGUGGAGCACAAAUUGAUGUCUGUGACUAUUUGGGGAAGUCUCCGCUUCUACGGGCGUGUGAAGCCUCCCGUCUGGACCUUGUGGAGGCGCUUCUCGACCUCGGCGUGUCGCCAAACCCACAUGACUUGCGCUGCGCCCACUUUCCCCUUCAAACGGCAAUACGGCGCAAUGACGCAGAGAUCGUAAAACGUCUGCUCGCCCGAGGAGCAGCGGUGGAUGUGAAGUGCCCAGGCGUUAGGACAUACAAAAGCGCGUUGUGUGUAGCGUGUGAAGUUAACUCGCCAGAGAUCAUCAAGAUUAUAUUGAAGGCUGGAGGAGACCCGAACUCUCGGGGCCACAAUUCGUACACCCCCACAUUGAUGGCGUAUCAGCUUAACCCGAAUUGGUUGCCUCUUUUCCUAGAGGCGGGUGCGGGAGCUGAGAAGGGAAAGAGAUGGGUUUUGACUGAUGUGUUGAGUUGCGCUGUGGCUAAAAAUGACGUCGAAAGCAUUGAACUGUUGAUCGAGAAGUACCCAGACCUGAUGAACCGCACACACCCGCUGUGGUCCAAGCCGCUCUUGCAGGCAGCAAAACAAGGACGUGUUCAAGUGCUAGAGUUGCUGCUCGCAAGCGGGUGCAACGUAGACGCACGGGGUGAGGGGGGCCAGACGGCUCUUUUAGCCGCCACGGAGGAAGGACUAGGGAGCUGCGUAGAGCGUCUGAUUGAUCAUGGAGCGGAUGUGAACAAAGCCAACUUUGAAGGAAUGACUCCUCUAAUUGUAGCAUGUAUGGAAAAUCAUGAAGAUAUGGUCAACUAUUUCCUAGAUCACACCCAAGAGCCAUACAGAGUGAAAGUGCACCCUAAUAGUCUUCAACAACAGCCGCAGCUUCAAGUCAUGGAAAACGCGCAGGGGGAGAAAAUGUGUGAGGGAAAGUGGAUUCUUGCAACGCAAACUCAAGUACUGGAUUGCAACAAAGCGGAAAAAACGGAAGGAGAAACUCCUCUACUUGUUUGCAUUCGUUUGAGAAAUGACAAAAUCGCAAAAACCAUUCUAAAGAAGGCGAAAUCGAUUGAUCUUGAAGCUAAGGAUUCUCAAGGGCGUACCGCGUUACUAGGUGCGCUGUUUUUCGGCCAAUAUUCAGUGGCUGCAACAUUGAUGGAAAUGGGUGCGGAUGUCAUGACUCAAGACGAAGCGGGGAACACGGCACUUGCUAUUGCGAAUGAGCGAUUAUUGACGCCUGGCAGUGACAAACGCGUUUUGCGUCGAUUCCUGCGUCUAUACCGUAGUCGGGACACGUCAAGGCGCCAUGCGUCCUCUAGUGGCAUGCUGCAGUCUAUGCUGAGCGCACUACGUGAUGAAGGUGGCAGUAGCUCCCAUGUGGAGUCAGACUCGGGGAGCGGCGGGGAAGGUGCCCGUUUUUUUCGGAAGAAGAGCAUUAGCCGCAGCAGUAGCAGAGGUAAGCAAGGCGGUUUGGAGGGUGCUGAUCCGAGAGUCUCGCGGAGUGAUGGAGAGGCCCACGGCGCCAUGUCAGGCCACAGCCGGGGUGCUGCCCCAAAUCCGUCCAGCAGCAGCAGGAAGCGCUCUGGAAAGAAACUUAAGAUUGAGCCCAAGACAGUUCUGCAAGUUGCGAAGCUGCCAAUGUCCCUCUUUCGAGCGGCCAAGGCGAAGUGA